UGUCUCAUAUAUGUGCCAAAAAUAUGCUGCGGUCAAACCGUCUAGUUGUGUGAGCUUUGUGUAAAAGGGAAGGAAGCACAGACUCUAAACUUAGAAGAUGAAGUAGUUUGAGAAAAAUUCCAAUCUGAUGCUACAACUUCAAACUUUCUCUUAACACAAAGUAGAAGGAUUUUUCAGAAGCAGAGUGUCAGUGCUGGAUGUGACGAUGGGACACACUUUGCUCUGUGUGCUGGGGGUUUUCUGCCUACUCCUCUACCGUGGACAUGCUCAAGUCACAAACAGAGCUGUUGUGACUCUGCAACCCAACUGGCCUGAGAUAUACUAUGGGGAGACGAUCACUCUGAGAUGUGAAAUUGAGGAUGGAGGAGACACUGAGUGGACGACUCCCAGCUCAUACACACCUCAAAAACAGAAUGAAUACAUGAUUGGAUUUGCUUGGUCAUCAUACAGUGGAGACUACAGGUGUAAGGUUAGAAUGAAAAGUGGAAAGUCUUCAACAGAGUGGAGUGAUGCUUUCACAUUGACGCUAUCUUACAAACCCCAGCCUGUCCUCACUGUGUCUCCGUCAUGGCUGAGUCCUGCAGACUCAGUGACUCUGAACUGCAGUGUUAAACAUCCCUCUGCAGGAUGGACGUUCUACUGGUAUAAGGCUGUUCCCAAACUAGCAGACAACUCCUACAGCGAUGAGCUGCUACCUGGCAGCAGCAGUGGGACUGAACAGGAUUCCUACAUUGUUCAUGGACAGACACACACAGCAGGAUAUAAGUGCAGAGCUGGAAGAGGAGACCGAGUGUAUUACACUCAAUAUAGCAAACCUAAGAUCGUCUGGUCUGGAGAUUUCCAUUUAGCACCGUCUCUCACAGUGAGUCCUGACAGAGUGCAGCACUUCAUCAAUGACUCUGUGACACUGAGCUGUGAGGGAAACUCUACUAAGUGGAGAAUUAGCAGGUUUUCUAAAUCCGGCAACCUGACAGACUGUUCUUCCUGGGGAACAAUGACUGGAUCCACAUGCAACACCCAUUUGUCACAGUACAUUGAUGGCGUGUACUGGUGUGAGUCUGAAACAGGACAGUUCAGCAAUGCAGUCAACAUCACUGGACAGUACGAUGAUACGAUCCUGGUGAGCCCUGUCCAUCCUGUGGCUGAGAGAGAUUAUGUUACUCUUGGCUGCAAGUUGAGGACAGAAAAUGUUCUUUCUAAUGUGGAUUUCUAUAAAAAUGGCAAACUCAUCCAAAAUGAUACCAGAAGGGAGCUGACUAUCCCUGCAGUGUCAAAGUCAGAUGAAGGCUUUUAUAAAUGUGAAGGAAAAUAUUCACUACAAGGAUGGCGGAGUCGGACGUCACCAGAGAGUUGGAUGUCAGUAGAAUCAUCCAGCUCUCCAUAUCCUCCAUUUCAGAUCGUUGGGCUGGUUAUUGGUAUCUUACUGAUUGUUCUCCUGCCACUGCUGCUGCUGUGUUGGUACAAAAAGUCAAAGGAUACAUGUUGUCACAGGCUCAUCCAGUCUCAGAGAACCAAUCAGAGCUCUGCUACAGUCCAAACUGUCAACCAAGAUGAAAAUCAGCAGCAAGUAUACUCCUCUCUUCUCCAUGGUGAUGUUUGUGUCUAUGAAACAAUCAGUGGCUCUGGAAACACUGGAAGUGGUGAACAAGCAGAUGCAUACAUAAAUGUCACAUCUCAGAUUCAGCUCCAAGGUCUUGGAAAGAAGAGUCCAUAAAGAGAAGUGCAUCAUCAACAAAAUAAGAGAAGUGUGGACAACUACAUGAAAAACAACAUUCAUGUUUAAACAGUGUUGACAGCAUUCAUACAACUGCUGCCAUCCAAACAUCAGACACACAGUAUUUUGCGCAGUUUGAUAGCAGAUCAUAUGAAAUAAUUACAAUUAUGUUAUGUUGGAUUUACUUCCCUGUUGAUUUCUGCUAAAUUUGUAGCAAUGUAGUAAUAUUUUAGUUUAGAUGGCAUAGGACUAUAUAUGUGUCCUUUCAUGUCAGAGUUUGGUAGGGUGGUUUGUUAUCUCCAGUCUUGUUAAACUUAUAGAUAACUUGUCUUGGCAGUUGAAUGUUUGUAACUUAGGUUGUAUUCUUGGUAAUCUCAUAAUUAAUGGGUAUAUGUUAUGGGAAAUAACUUAAUGUAUUACAUUUAAUACUGUAUUUACAAGAAGGCAUACAUAAUUAAGAAUUGGUCGUGGACAGCGUGUCACGUUUUUAAAGUUUCCCCUAACUCAACAACUCACAAAACUGCAUGAUUUUUUAAGGGAAUCUUGAGAUUUUUUUUCUCUGGGCAACAUAGGAGAAUAUUGUGGUUACUGUUUACUGUAUUUGGAAAAUUUGACAUAGUUACCAUCAAUAAAAUUUUGUCUUCUUUUAAAAAUUGCAUUGUGUAAGUGGUGAAAUCAGUUGAAACAGACAUCUGCUGCUUAUCUUGGCAGGUAAGACACACUUUAGAUUGUGGCCCUGCUUCCUUUUUUGUACUCUCUCAUAGUCUGCUACUUACUGAGCCCAAACACAUCAUUAGCAUUAGAAUGCACUUCUUAUAAGUUAUAUAUAAAUAUAUAUAAGCUUAUUUCAUGGUCUUGAUACAUCUGCCAUAAAAAACCUGUCAGAACCAUGGACAGCUCCAGGAGGGGCGGGAGAGAAAGAGAGAGAGAGCUUCCUCUCUUGGUGCACCAAGUAUUCUUAAAUAAGAGAUUAAUUUCUUCACAAAGCAGCAUCAUAUUUCCAAAAAUCUUUUGGACUUCAGAUGGCUACUACUGUAGUACAGUAAUACUACUGUAUCAUUAAUUAUAGACUGUGAUUUAGAAUACAACUACCUCUGGGGCCAGUUGAGGAAAAAAUUUGGAAAUUAAACAGAUAAAUAAAUAUAUUUCACAAUCUGUAAGAUCAUGAUAAGACAAGACAUGUUGUCUUAUCAUAUGUUUUUAACGGGUUUGACGCUGAAACACAUUAUGUAAGUAGUGACAUAACAAAUAUGUAGAGACUUUUCAAAUUCAAGUAAUAUAUUUACAUUCAUGUAACCUGUUGCUCCAUAGCCUAAUAUGACUGGAUUAACAUAUAAUACUGUGGAUGUUUCUUGGAUGUAGUUCAAGACAGAAAACAUGUGGAAGGUUACAGAAUUCAUCUCUAAGCCAGUUAUUGUACUACAGUAUGAUUUUAAAAGGCCACUUUAAUAAUUUCCAACCUGAAACUUAUUAUUUGACAGUAAUGUAGGGCGGGCAUGUGGAAAUGUGAUGCAUUCCUACUGCGUACUGUUACCUCUCUUUGACCUCUACCCCAUGACAUACCACAAGUCAUUGCUACUCAUAAAACAAGGGCCAUAAGUCCCUCUGCCAUAAAAGCAUCUCCCUGCUCACUGGUCACAUCUCAGCUCUUGCACCUCUACAUUCUUUCUGUCUUCGAAAGCAUGACUUUACCGGAUCACCAAAGUCAGAGGAAAAAUUAUAAAACCAAUUAAACUGGAUGUGUAAAAAAAAAGAAAAAAA